GUGAAUGAGUUAGUAUCAAAUCUCCUGGACUCAUUAAAGUUGACUAACUGCGAAGACACGGUUGUUGGUAAUGAGAUUAUCAAGGGUAUCUCUGGUGGUGAGAGGAAGAGGACUUCGGUUGGCGUAGAGCUCAUCACCAAACCAGAGAUGAUAUUCUUGGACGAGCCUCUUACUGGUCUCGACUCCUAUGCCGCUACUACCACUGUGAAGGUACUCAAGGAUCUAGCGGCUAAUGGAGUGCCUGUCAUGAUCACAGUUCAUCAACCUUCCAGUGAGAUCUUUGCUAUGUUUGAUAAUAUCAUUCUCGUCUCGGAGGGUUCCAUUGUCUACAGUGGUCCUAGGAAAGGGCUUGUCGACUUCUUCUAUGAUAACGGUGGUUAUAAGUGUUCAAGUCGCUACAACCCCGCUGAUUUUGUACUGUAUAAUGUGCAGACCGAGCCGAGGGAUAACAUAGAAGUUCUCAUUGAUGCUUAUAAAGCCGAUUUCGAGAAGCAGAUGAUGCCAUGGAUAGAAGACCUCCGUGGGAAGGCCGUUCAACAGGUCGAAGUCCAUUCCUCGGCACGUGUGGCUCCGAUGGUUGUGCAACUGAGAGAGCUGCUGAAGAGAGACUUCCGAGACAUCAUCAGAAAUCCAUCAGUGCAGCUGGUCAAACUGUGUAUGACUAUUGUCAUGGGACUACUUAUGGGCUGUGUCUUCUUCCAAGUUGGUGCUGAUGAGCCGGAGAUGCACUGGAUCGCCAAUCGUGGGAGCUUCCAGUCCUACUAUGGAGGCAUG